CUCUGGCUGGGGCAGUGAGCGGAGCUCUGGCGGCGCGUGGGGAACGGCAGCAACGCGCGGGCGGCAGCCGAACGGCACAACCAGCAAAACACAUUAGAGGCAACAAGAGGGAGCCGGUGGUCCUCUCCCGUAAACACACACCCCUCCACCGCCACCCCCUCCUCCGCGCCGCGCGCCCGCUUGCUUUAGUGCCUGAGGCUGCUAGGACUGCUAUGUAACCUGGAGGCUUCGGGAGCAAAGGAAUCGAGUUAGAGGUUGGCCCGUGGGAGCCUCCGGGGGCCAAGUUUGCGGUCACUUCUGAAGCCUCCCUCUUUUAGCUCUUGUUUGCCCAUUCCUGUAGCCUAGCUGGCCCAGGUUACUUUCUUUCGCCUCCUCGCGCUCCCAGCAGCCGCUGUUCCCGGCGACCAUGGUGACGAUGGAGGAACUGCGGGAGAUGGACUGCAGUGUGCUCAAAAGGCUGAUGAACCGGGACGAGAACGGCGGCGGCGGCGCGGGCGGCAGCGGCAGCGGCAGCCACGGCGCACUGGGGCUGCUGAGCGGCGGCAAGUGCCUGCUGCUGGACUGCAGACCGUUCCUGGCGCAUAGUGCGGGCUAUAUCCGCGGUUCGGUCAACGUGCGCUGCAACACCAUCGUGAGGCGGCGGGCUAAGGGCUCUGUGAGCCUGGAGCAGAUCCUGCCCGCCGAGGAGGAGGUGCGCGCCCGCUUGCGCUCCGGCCUCUAUUCGGCCGUCAUAGUCUACGACGAGCGGAGCCCGCGCGCCGAGAGCCUCCGCGAGGACAGCACCGUGUCCCUGGUAGUGCAAGCACUGCGUCGCAACGCCGAGCGCACAGACAUCUGCCUGCUCAAAGGUGGCUAUGAGAGGUUUUCCUCUGAAUACCCGGAAUUCUGUUCCAAAACCAAGGCCCUGGCAGCCAUCCCACCUCCUGUGCCCCCCAGUGCCACGGAGUCCUUGGACCUGGGCUGCAGCUCCUGUGGGACCCCUCUGCAUGACCAGGGGGGUCCUGUGGAGAUCCUUCCAUUCCUCUACCUCGGCAGUGCCUACCAUGCUGCCCGGAGAGACAUGCUGGACGCCCUGGGGAUCACAGCCCUGUUGAAUGUCUCCUCGGACUGCCCAAACCACUUUGAAGGACAUUACCAGUACAAGUGCAUCCCAGUGGAGGAUAACCACAAGGCCGACAUCGGCUCCUGGUUCAUGGAAGCCAUCGAGUACAUUGAUGCAGUGAAGGACUGCCGCGGUCGGGUGCUGGUGCACUGCCAGGCGGGCAUCUCGCGCUCUGCCACCAUCUGCCUGGCUUACCUGAUGAUGAAGAAGCGAGUGAGACUGGAGGAGGCCUUUGAGUUCGUCAAGCAGCGCCGAAGCAUCAUCUCGCCCAACUUCAGCUUCAUGGGGCAGCUGCUGCAGUUCGAGUCCCAGGUGCUGGCCACAUCGUGCGCCGCGGAGGCUGCCAGCCCCUCCGGCCCGCUGCGGGAGCGGGGCAAGGCCACCCCCACCCCCACCUCACAGUUCGUCUUCAGUUUCCCUGUCUCCGUGGGUGUGCACUCGGCCCCCAGCAGCCUGCCGUACCUGCACAGCCCCAUCACUACCUCCCCCAGCUGUUAGAGCCAGUCUCCCAACCCCUAAAACCAGGGUGGGCUCCCAGCAAGGGUUGGGAGAGCCACGAGUGGGCAGCAAGUAGGGACUGACCAGCUGGGGGUAGGUGACCACGCUCGUCCCCAUCCAUUUCUUUUUGGCCAACCAUGGGGCCAGCUAGAAUGGCAAUAAGGACUUUGAAUACACAUUAAAAGCAAACAAACAAAACACUCCAACUUAGAGCAAUAACGGCUGUUGUGGCAGCCAGGGAAGACCUAGGUUUGGUUUAUGUGUCAGUUUUACUUUUCAGGUAGAAAUUUCUUACCUCAUUUUUUUAAUCAAUAAGGCUUGAAGUUAUGAAACCCACAGAUCCUGGCAAAUGUGCCCAUCCAGUUUUAUUAAGUGGGGGAGGGAGGGGGGAGGGAUAAGAAAACAAGUUUGCCAGAAGUGCCUGGUUCUGUGUGCUUGUCCUUUGUUGUCGUCACAGGAAUUUUGCUUUUUAAAAGAAAUCUCCUAGGACGUGGUUUUCUUUUCUAAUUAUUCACCAAUAGGUGAAUAAUUGUGCUUAAUAAUAAAUAAAAGUAUUUAUUAAGAAUUUCCUCAGAGUAUGUAUGUACAAGGAGUCCAGUGACAGUGGAUUUUGAAUAUAUUUAUGUUGAUCUCAAACAGCAGAGCACCGUAGCAUGCAAAUGUCCCAGCGGCCAGGAGGUGGACGGUGGGCGUGUGCAAGUCAGUUGAUGAUCUUGAAUUUGUUGCCACUGAGAAACAGGCAGGAUGGGGUGGGAGGGGAAAGAAAGGGAAGGGACUACUUUUUAGUUACUUUUGCUGCUGGUUCCUGGGCACAUAGACCACAACCAUACAACCUUUCUCUCCAGUUUGGUGUUUGGAGCAAUUUUCUCAUAGGCCUAUCUAGGACUUGCCUAUUGUCUAUGAUACAGGCCCUGUUACAUAAUUUGCUCCUGGAAAAUUGGGUACCAUUCAGAUUUUUCUUCAGCUAAUCAUUUAUCAAGGCCAUGGGGGAAAAGAUUACUAGAGGUAUACCUGAAAUGAAUCCUUUGGUAAGUUGAAGGACCAUCAUCUCUCUUUUGCAUAAACUGUAGUUUUUAACUGUAGGGAGUUUACUUGAAGUAUACCAAUAUUCUUCCAUCAUUAAAUUCCCGUUAGAAUAAUAUUUUCCAAGGCCCUCUUUUGAAUUCAAAAGGGAUGCCACAGUUCAGGUCUCCUUGAAGUCUGGAGUGGCAGGAGCACUCUGGGGAGGUGGAGUGGGGCAGACUCCUUGCCUGCUGCUGGCCUGGCGGCUGCGAAGUACAUCAGGGCAGCCACGUUGAAUCCUGACUUGGACUGAUGCCAUUUUAAGGGGCCUUUCCAAAUGGAGGAAUGGCUUUGGAGGGAGAAGGAAUAUUUCUGUGGGACGGGUGGGAGGGGGGAGGGAGGAGAGAAAAAGUUACAUGUACUUUCAUUUGUAGUGUUGUGGAACAGUGUUGUUACGGAGUGCCAGACUAUAGGUCAUUGCAAACUUGUCUAGAAAUGAGAGCAUUUUUAAAAGCCCUUUGAGAGUCUAGAUCUCAAUGAACAUUCUUGCUCACCCAUAAAUAACUUCAAGCCUCAAUGUCACCAUCACGUCGGAAUGCUUUUUCUCACUCAGCACCGCAGACAGGCCCAGGUUCACUACGUUUCCUUCCGUGCACUGUGAACCUCUGUUGGCAUCACUCAUCCUGUCUGCCUGUCUCAAAGCCCUACCUUUGGGUGAGGUUUCCUGUUUUUAGAAAAGCCAGAGGUGCCCUGCUUCCCUGGGAGUUGCUUGGCUGAACAGUUAGUUGAUAGGUAUGAAGGGGCUGGGGUUUCUGGGUAGUGGCCUCAUCUAAUGUACAGUUAGACAUUCCCACUUUUUCCUGGAUUCCUGGAAGUCACUUCAUGGUUGGUGGAAAAUGCAGUCUCAGCCAAAAAGGGCAUGGUCUCUAAAUGCUGAGGGGCUGCUGGGGGAUCAAGGGAGGGCAGAUAGCCUGAAGAACAGAUUCACUUUUCAUACAGCGAGUGUAUAUUUGCCAAAUCUGUCCUGCUUCCCCAGACUGGAUCCCAAUCACACGGACAGUGGGAACUCAGAACUAGCUCCAGAUGUCUUUCUCCUGUUUCCCAAUUCAAGUUUUCAUCACAAUGAUAAACCACUAUUUAUAAAGUCAUUUUCUUUGUACUUGAUAAUGGCAUGAGUCCCAAACACAGAAAUAAAAUAGAACAUUGGCAUGAUUGAAAAAGGGGACAUUUUUUAUUGUUGUUCUCCCACCAGAAGCCUCUGAUGACUUGGAACAGCUCUAAUGAAAAUGCUACCGCAGGGUCAGUCCAAAUGGUCAGUGAGUUUCAAUAGGCAGCUGUCUCUCCCAUGAAGUGACUUCUGGUGAUGGGGAAUUUCUGUAAUGGCCAGAAAGCAUGGUCAUUCUCACAGACUACCAGUUUGCUAUUGGCCAUACAAGGCAGGCUCAUAAGGAAAGCUGCUGAUUCUUCAGGGGAUCUUGUCUGACCUUUGGGUGUUUGGAGGAGCCCUGAAGGAUAUGGAUUGGUCUUUCCACAGGGCAGUAUUAGGCAGAAGCACUGUGAGCAGGUGGGUGGUAGCGCCCUACUUCAGGAAUUCCUUCCUGAGGCCAGCCAUUGUGCUCAGGUGCUGUUUUCAAUAAAGUUGGAAAGCUAAGAAAAAAAUCUAAAAGUCCUCUUGGGAAGGUGGAGGGAGGGAAGUAGGAUGGCUGACUUUUAAAUAUAAGGGGAAGAGGCUGGAGGCUGGGAGGUGGCCGUGAAGCUGUACUAGUGAAGCAGUGGUUCAUCUUGGCUGCCCAUUAGAAACACCUGGGAGCCCUCAAAAUCCUGAUGCCCAGGUUACUCUAGACCAAGUAAACCAGAAUUUCUGUGGGUGGGGCCUAGGCAUCAGUAGGCUUCAAAGUUGCCCAGGUGCUUUUCAUGUGCUGCCAAGUUAGGGAGACCACCUUGCUUCCUAGAGGGCAGAGUGCUGCUUCAGGUGAGGCUUGCCAACCUAGAGCUGGCUUGUCCCACAGAACCACAGCCAGGGGUUUGUCAUUGGCUCAGUAUAGUCUCUGCCAGUCCCAGUCCAGCUGAAGGAUGAGAUGGUUUCUUGGGGGUGUUCCUGAAAGAGGCACCUUUUUAUGUUCCUCCAAAGCCAGUUGAUCUGGGGAGUGCAGUUAGUAGACACAAUACAGUGGGUGUUGUUUCUCCUUGGAACUUUCUUGUCUAUCAAGAAAAAUGGAGGGCGUCUUCUUUGAAGCAGUACCUUUUCCUCCAGUACCCUGUUCUUAGAGUUUGAGUCAUACAAGAAGAGACUUCUUAAAGGACAGCAAUGCAAUACUUGUAACUUGUGUAAAUAGCUCCAUCUUUCAGAGUGAUGUCAUUUCUACAUUUGAUAUGCCUGUAUUUCUGUAGGAUGUAUAUAGUUUAGGGGAUUUUUUUGGUUUGGUUUUGUUUUUUUAGAAAAGUAAACAUGUCUGUUUUAUUUAUUGCUUGAAAAAAAAUCAUUUGAAGAAAAAUAAAUACA